CUGAAACUGAGGCAGACAGUAAGCCGCUGCAGGAGCGGGAGAAGGAGGGAGGAAUCUCUGUGUCGGAUACUUCAUCUCUGCUCUUACCCUGGGACAUGAAAUCUGUUUUUUAACCUCGCUGACAACUUCACUCCAGUCCAAGAUGACGGUGGAUUUUGAAGAAUGUAUUAAAGAUUCACCCCGAUUUAGGGCGAAUAUCGACGAGGUGGAGAAUGACGUCGUGGAAAUUGAGGCCAAACUAGACAAGCUGGUGAAGCUAUGUAGUGGGAUGAUUGAAGCGGGGAAGGCGUACGUCAGCGCCAAUAAACUGUUCGUCAACGGCAUCCGGGAUCUGUCUCAGCAGUGCAAGAAGGAUGAGAUGAUCUCGGAGUGCCUGGAGAAAUGCGGUGAAAGUCUUCAGGAAAUCAUCAACUACCACAUGAUCCUGUUUGAUCAGGCUCAGCGCUCUGUGAAGCAGCAGUUGCACAACUUUGUAAAAGAGGAUGUUCGGAAGUUCAAGGAGACAAAGAAGCACUUUGACAGGGUGCGAGAGGACAUGGAGAUCGCACAGGUGAAGAAUGCUCAAGCACCAAGGAACAAACCUCAUGAGGUGGAAGAGGCUGCCGGCACACUGAGCAUCACCCGCAAGUGCUUCAGACAUCUCGCUCUGGACUAUGUGCUACAGAUCAACGUCCUUCAAGCUAAGAAGAAAUUUGAGAUUCUGGAUGCUAUGCUGUCGUUCAUGCACGCCCAGUACUCUCUCUUCCAGCAGGGCUACAACCUACUGGAUGAGCUCGACCCCUACAUGAAGAAACUGGCUGCUGAGCUGGAUCAGCUGGUGAUAGACUCGGCCAUGGAGAAAAGGGAGAUGGAGCACAAACAUGCAACCAUUCAGCAGAGGACGCUCCUGCAGGACUUUUCCUAUGACGACUCUAAAGUGGAGUUUAACGUGGAUGCUCCCAAUGGUGUGGUGAUGGAGGGCUACUUGUUCAAGAGGGCCAGCAAUGCCUUUAAGACCUGGAACAGACGGUGGUUUUCCAUACAGAACAGCCAGCUGGUCUACCAGAAGAAGCUCAAGGAUUCUCUGACCGUGGUGGUGGAGGACCUCCGGCUGUGCUCUGUUAAACCGUGUGAGGACAUCGAGAGGAGGUUCUGCUUUGAGGUCGUCUCUCCCUUCAAGAGCUGUAUGCUUCAGGCUGAGUCUGAAAAACUAAGACAAGCAUGGAUUCAGGCUGUUCAAGCUAGCAUUGCCUCAGCCUACAGAGAGAGCCCAGACACGUACUACAUAGAGCAUCUGGACAGAACAGCGUCUCCGUCCACCAGCAGUAUAGAUUCAGCCAGUGAGCCACGGGAGCGCAUCAUUCGAGGAGAGACCAUUUUGCAGAGGAUCCAGUGUCUUCCCGGCAAUGAGCAGUGCUGUGACUGCGGACAGGCCGACCCUCGCUGGGCCUCCAUUAACCUGGGCAUCCUGCUGUGCAUAGAGUGCUCAGGCAUCCACAGGAGUCUCGGGGUUCACUGUUCGAAGGUUCGCUCUCUCACACUGGACUCAUGGGAACCAGAACUACUUAAGUUGAUGUGCGAACUUGGAAACAGUGUCAUCAACCACAUCUAUGAAGGCUCGUACCAGGAACAAGGUCUUAAGAAACCACUACCGUCUAGUUCAAGGCAGGAGAAGGAGGCUUGGAUUAAGGCGAAGUACGUAGAGAAGAAAUUCCUGAAGAAACUCGGCUCUACGGAGAUACUCAUAAAUGGGGAGAGGAAAUCAGAGCGACGGUGGAGCGUGAAGAAAUGCCGGAGACACAACAGCGCCACAACAGUACCGAAAACGAGGCGAAGAUACCGGCAAGAGCCUGGAAGCACUUCCCCCUCCACCCUCUCUGCAGCAGCUGCUAAAUUCAGACGAGACUCUCUGUUUUGUCCUGAUGAGCUGGACUCGCUUUUCUCUUACUUUGACACCGGAUCAGGGCCUCGAAGUCCUGCAGGUCUGAGCAGUGACAGCGGGCUGGGAGGCAGCACAGAUGGCAGCACAGACAUCCUGGUGUUUGGCUCGGUGGUGGACAGCGUCACAGAGGAGUGUGAGGUGUCAGAGGACUCGAGCGGUGAAGCCGAGCUGGAGGCGGAGCCUGAGACGUCAGACCCAGAGGACAUCAGAGACCUUCAUCCUGGGGCGCUGCUCUACAAAGCCUCCAAAGCCCGAAACCUUCCCGUCAUGGCAGAAGCUCUAGCCCACGGGGCCGAUGUCAAUUCUGUUAACGAUGACGAUGAAGGAAAAACACCCCUCAUACAGGCUGUGAUUGGGGGUUCGUUGAUCGCCUGUGAGUUCCUGCUGCAGAACGCUGCUGACGUCAACCAAAGAGACUCGAGAGGGAGGGGUCCGCUGCAUCAUGCCACAUAUCUGGGACACACGGGGCAGGUGUGCUUGUUCCUGAAAAGAGGAGCGACACAGAACGACGAGGAUGAAGACAGACAAGACCCUUUGAGUAUAGCUGUACAGCAAGCAAAUGCAGAUAUCGUCACCCUGCUGCGUCUUGCACGGAUGAACGAGGAGAUGCGGGAGUCAGAGGGACCGUUUGGACAGCCAGCAGGAGACGCCACAUACCUUGACAUCUUCCGAGAAUUUUCCCACAUGGCUUCACACAACCCGGAGAAGCUGAAACGGAGGAGUGUGCACUUCAGACACUCCUUCAGGUAGUCAGCAUGGAGGAAGGAGGAAUUAGAGACUUGAAAAACAUUUUUCUGAAUCUGAGCUUUGAUUUUAAACCAUGUAAAUGAUGACAAAUUUCAUUUGUAGCUUCAGUCUUAUCCACAAAAAAAACAACUUAAAGUGGAUUGGAGUGAAGAAAUUCUUGUAUUGUUUAGAAUAGUUGAAUUAAUUUGCAAUAGUCAUAUGCUGUUCUUGUAUUUCCAAAUGAGGAUCUGCUGGUCUUUUCCUCUUACAUGUAUAUAAAAUGAAAGCUUUUGUACAAUGUUAGAGGAAAUGUUUGAUAAAAUGCCAAGCACUUGUUUAGUUUAUCCCCUUUUUUGUGUAUAAAAAAAUGUUUGCUUCAUAUUUUCCAUUACUCCAUUUAAAAUGUUUGUUUUAUUGCAGGAAAUUCAUCAAUACAUUGCAUAUUUUUCUGUUUGUACUGCAUGCAUUUACCCCGUUAUAUUCCAUACAUAAACUUGAAUUCAGCUAUGUGUCAUACCAUCCUCUACAGUCCUAAAGUGGCAGUGUUAUUUCUCCUGAUGAGCUGUUUAUUGUGUCAAAUGUUGACUAUGCUGGCCUAGUCUUUGUGAUGUGUUUUGUUGAAUUGACUCUGCAGUACCACUAUGAAAUACAGUGCUUCUGUUACUGUUUACAUGCUGUAGAAGCAUUAAAUGCUAAUAUAUCAGAAUGAAGAGGGAUGCUGAUGGAAGAUGGAUUGAGAAUAAACAUUGUCUGUUUA